AGAUAUACGGAUCACCGAGCCUGGCAGAAUCCAGGACUCUUGAGAGGACAGGGUCAUAUCUGGAACCCCCUUGGGUGGGGUGCAGUUAGCUGGGGAAGUUAAACUACUGGUCCACUAGGGAGGAAGGAGUUAAGUGGUGCCACUGUCAUCUGAGCAGGCAUCGAAUUACCUGGGUCCAGGUUUCUAUCCCUCAGAAGGAGGUGGAGCUGAGCCUGCCCCUGGGGCCUCCAGCUGCCUCAGGCCUGGGUGAGACCUGUGGAGGUGUGGAGGGACACCACUGGCCAGGAGAAGGGCUCUUCAGACUACCCCCAAGCCCCAGCUAUGGCUCUGCCCCCACCUCUGGACCCUAGACCCCCCUCAGAGCCCCUCAACCACCCCCCUGGAGCCCCGAGGGAAGUGGACAUUGCUGGAUGUACCAUCUGCCCGGCUUCUGGAGAGGAAAUAAUCAGGCCAGAACACGCCCAGAAACUGGGGCAGGACUCCUUGGACCCUCCCGAGCACUUCCAGGAUGGGCUGAGGAACACUGAGCCUACUGCUGGUCACCCCAGAUUGCCAACGCCCUCUUCCCAUGAGGAGCCGGCUGUGGGCAAACACCGUGAGAGCCUCAUCUCAGGCUGGGAGGUAUUGGAGGCUGAGCAGGACAGCCUGCACCUUUGCCUAUUGGGCCUGCGUCUCCAGCUGCAGGACCUAGAGCGAGGUCCGGGACCUUGGACAUUAGCUCAGAGCGGGAUGGUCCAGCUGCAGACCCUACAGGCAGAUCUACGUGGGGCAGCUGAGAGAGUGGAUGCGCUGCUGACGUUUGGUGAGGGGCUGGCACAGCGGAGUGAGCCUCCGGCCCGGGCAUCCCUGCAGCAGGUCCUGAGGGCCCUCAGAGCCCACCGAGACAGCAUCUUCCGGCGGCUGUGGCGGCUGCAGGCCCAGUUGGUCAGCUACAGCCUGGUGUUUGAGGAGGCCAACACACUGGACCAAGAUUUGGAGGUGGAGGGGGACUCGGACUGGCCAGCAUCUGCUGGGGUUUGGGGACACUGGGCACCCAGUAGUCUCCCCACUCCUGCAGAAUUGGAGUGGGACCCAGCAGGGGAUGUUGGGGGCCUCGAGCCACUGGGGCAAAAGACAGCCUGGACACCAGGGGCUCCCUGUGAGCUGUGUGGCCACAGGGGCCCCCAGAGCAGGGGACAAGGACUUGAGGACAUACUUAUGUCAGGUUUCAGCCACCAGAAACACUUAGCAGGUCACCGAAGACGCUCCCUGCUCCGGAAGUCUCAGGACAAGAAGAGGCAAGCAUCUUCCAAUCUCCAGGAUGUGAUGCUGGAGGUAGAUUCUGGAGUCCCGGCUCCUGCAUCCAGACGGCCCCUGAGUGUCCUCCUCCUCCUCCUCCUCUUCCUUCUCCUGGUGGGUGCCACAUUGCUCCUGCCCCAGUCAGGGGGCUCCUGCUGCUCUCCCAUCCGACUGGCCAGGACACCUUACCUGGUUCUCAGCUAUGUCAAUGGUCCCCCCCCAAUCUGACAGCCCAGACAUAUGUA